AUGCGGUGCAUCGCGCACAUUGACAUGGACUGCUUCUACGCUCAGGUGGAGGCGGUGCGCCUCGGCGUGGACUGCCGCGUGACGCCAUUUGCGCUCGUACAGUGGGGCAGCUUUAUCGCGGUGAACUACCCGGCCCGUGCGCGUGGGGUGAAGCGGUUUUGCCUCUCGCCGGACGAGGUGAGGCGCGAGCUGCCAGAUGUUCAGAUGUCGCACAUCGCCACGUACGCCAUGGGCGAGUCCGAGUACUGCUACCCCGAGGCUCCGCGCAUCAACACACACAAGGUGUCCUUGGAGCCGUACCGACAUGCGAGCCGACAGAUCUUUGCCAUUCUCCGUGCGGAGCCCGGAGUGGUCGUCGGAAAGGCCGGCAUUGAUGAGGCGUACAUUGACGUGACGGAGGCGGCGCGACGGGAGCUGGCGGAGGUGCGCGCUGCCGCCGCGGGUGCCUCGCUGGACCCGCUGGCGGACGUGAUGGAGCCGUCGACGCGGCUGAUUGAGGACCGGCGCGCGGAGAUGGAGGCGUGGUUCGGCGCGCGGGGGACGUCGCUGGCUGCUGUGUUCGACGAGCCGAUGCGCGCCCUGGUGCGCGGCGAGUGCGGCGCUGAGCUGGAGGGAAGCCGCGCAUUCUGCGUUGGCGCGGACGACGCUGCGUACGCGGAGCGGUGCCUGCUGCUGUGCGCUGCGUCGCGCGUUGUGCACCGGCUGCGGCAGCGCAUCUACGCGGAGCUGCACUACGACUGCUCUGCCGGGAUCGCGCACAACCGCGUGCUUGCGAAGUGCAUCAGCGCGACACACAAGCCGAACCAGCAGACGCUGCUGUUGCCUGACCGGAGCGCGAGUGCGCUGUUUGAGCUGCCGCUGAGUGGGGUGCGCGGGUUUGGUGGCAAGCUCGGCGCCGCUGUGAGCGCUGUGUGCGGCGGUGUGACGGAGUGCCGCGAGGCGUGGCUUGUGCCGCUUGCGCAGCUGUGCAAGCUUGACGGGGCGUGUGAUGUGGGCGACGGCGAGGAUGCUGAGGAUGACACGGAGGGGCGGGUGGGUCGAUUAUAUGGCAGGAAACGGGGGCGCGCUGCCUCGCCAUCCAUGGAGAGGAACUUCCAAGGGUUGGCUGCACACACCACAUCGCAGUACGUCUUCUACCGCUUGCGCGGCCUGGCCGAGGACACAAUCGUGAACCGCCCUUUCUCCAAGACCAUCAUCGCGUCCAAGAACUUCGGACGCCUCACCACCUCGGUGGAGGUGCUGCAGCGCUGGGUCAUUGUGUUGACCAGUGAGCUGUGCUCCCGCUACGAGGAGUUCACCUCUCUGUACCACAUACGAGGGCGCAGCUUCAACAUCAAGCUCGGCAAUGACGGGUUCCGGAGCACGGGCGGUCUGUCAAACCGUAGCGUCGCGCUACCGGAGGCCAUGCAGCCGGACGUACUGACCGCGGUGGCGAUACGGGAAGUGGAGGCGGUGUUCCGCAAUAAGCCAGGGGCCGCGGCGGACUCCGUGACCUUGACGAUCGGCGGUUUCGUCUCGGAUGGCUCCGGCGGGACCGGUUGCGUACCCUCUCUCGCUGCCAUUCGUGGCGAGAGCACUAAUGCUGGUCAAGGGCGAGCCGUGCGAGGGCAUCUGCGCCAGCAGACGCUCCUGGCGUCCUUCUUAGCCGCUUCAGCUGCUGACGGUGGAGCUGCCUGUGCAAUGCGUCAGGGGAGCAGCGGUAACGUGGCGGAGGUGCUCAGCAGUGAUGGGAGCGGCCUGGGCGACUCCGACAGCAACGGGUCCGUGCACAUUGAUGGCGAUCCCGUUAUCCUCUCUCUUUCCUCGCAUAGUCUGAGCUCCAACAGUGGCGACGUGAGCAGCGUAGUGCUGAUCGACUGA